AAAAUUCAUGAUGUUGGUAUACCGGGAAACAAGAAACAUUUACCAAACUAUCAAUUAUUAUUACUAUCAAUAUUAUGGUUGUGAACUAGAUUCUCUAUUAGAGAAAUAUGAAAAAGCAGCCAAGAACGAAGUUCAUUACCUACUCUAUACGCAAUUACCACAAGGUUCCUGCCAAAUUGGGUGUCCAGCAAGAUCGUUUACUGCCGCUGUUGUUAUACAAAAAAGACAGUGGGAAAAAAUAUCGUUUAGUUCCUAUGAGUGGGAGCAAUUGAUGACCCUACUUCAAGACAACAAUUUUUUUUAUCGAGAUUGUGGAUCUUCCUGAUGAGUACGACUAUGUUGAGUUUCAGUGUGGUGAUUACUGCAAAGUUCGACAAGUGUUCUUCGAAGAUACAAAGUUUAUCAUCGUAAGCAAACACAAUAUAGACUUUUGGUUAACAGAACAAGAUGGAACUUGUUGAUUUAAAUAGGCUUAUGUUAGCAUCGUAUGUGUUAAUGCUAGAGACUGUUCAAUUUCCACAAUAUUAUUAUAAAAUUCUAAAUAUAAUUAGAAGUAGUUUUAAUGAUGAGAAUUAUACAUUUCAGAUGCUUUUCACAAAAUGCAUGUUUUUAAAAAUUUAGAUUCUAACUUGAAAAAUAU